CGCAGAGAAAAUUCAAGCGUUAAAUGUGUAUCAUGCGAAUGUUACGUCAUAGGUUUACAUGCAUGUCUGACGUUGAGGUUAGUUGGGAUGGCCGGUACUUACAAGAAUUUUAUGAAAUUGUUGGAAUCGUGGCCGUUAGACAAAUCUAAAGUUGGCAGCGAUUUAGGACAACAUAUCCGUGACCAGCUGAAAAUUGCAUUUGCGAAAGGUGAGGCAACUACUCAACCAGACUUGGAACGGUGUAAUAGAUAUCAUGCAAGUUUAAAGAGAAUUUCUUCAAAUUAUCAUGGGCAAAUGCAUAAACGCACCUUGUUGAGCACAGCAAGUGGACUGAGCAAGGAACAAUGCAAUUUGGUACUAACCCCAGAAAUGUUGGAGUAUUUUAAUGAAGAAGAAAAGGGAAUAAUCACAAGAUAUUUUAAUAAAGCAAAGAAACUUAUAGUGAAAGAUGAUAAAAAGAAUUAGAUUUAUAUGCUUUGCAAAAAGCUAUGCUAAGAAAAGGUAUUUUAUUGACAGAACAGAUAAGCUACUGGCUAGUGUUAAUUUAUUAUGUUUGGCUGACAGAAGACAGUAUAGUUCACAAUCUGUUUCAAACAACAGUCCUCACACACCUGUUAUGGCACAGGAAGUAUUAACGUAUAUAAAACCAUCACCAGGUAAAACAUAUGUAGAUAUGACAUUUGGUGCUGGUGGACAUGCUGCUAAACUUUUAGAGCACUCACCUGAUGUGAGAAUAUUCGCGUUAGAUAGAGAUCCUAUAGCGUAUGAACACGCGCAGAAGCUAUCACAGAAAUAUCCAGGCCAAGUAAUUCCUUUGUUGGGUAGAUUUUCAGAGUUGCCACAAUUACUUAAAGGACAUAAAAUUAAGAGAGACAGCAUAGAUGGCUUUCUGUUUGAUUUUGGUUGCUCGUCAAUGCAAUUCGACGUAGCAAAUAGAGGUUUCUCCUUGUCAAAAGAUGGUCCGUUGGACAUGAGGAUGGAUGGAUUUCGGUGUCCGGAACAACCUACCGCCGCGGACGUAUUGGAGAGAGCGACCGAAGAAGAGUUGGCUCGUAUCAUAAAGGUAUAUGGACAGGAGAAGCGAGCCAAGAAAAUCGCGCGUGCCAUUAUUGAAGCCAGAUAUAUGUUCAGAAAAUUAAAAACGACCAAAGAACUGUCUGAGCUAGUCGAGUCUGCUCUAGGUGGUGAAAUCAGGAAAGACAGUCUCGGUAGAUUUUCACACAGUGCUACAAAAACGUUUCAGGCACUUAGGAUUUUCGUUAAUAACGAAUUAAACGAAAUCAAUUAUGGAAUACUUCUCGCCCAGAUAUAUCUGAAAGUGUCCGGCCGUUUAAUAACGAUCAGUUUCCACUCGCUGGAAGACACUAUAGUCAAGAGACACAUCACUGGAAAUAUAACGGAUGAUCUGGCCAACACCGCAUCUCUAAAAUAUGCGAGUCGUGACAAAACUUUCACUGAGAAUGAGCUCGAACGUUUCACAGAGACACCGUGGAAAAUGAUACACAAGCACGUCCUAAUACCCACAGUCGAAGAAAUUGAAGCAAACCCGAGAGCACGAUCGGCUAAGUUCCGUGCCAUUGAAAAGGUGAAAUAAAUUUUACGUAUUGUAUACUCCAAUAGUUACAGACGUUCUUUUAUUGUUUACGUACGCUGAGAUUGUAUACUUGUGUAUACGACAUUCUGUCAAAUAAGAGUUGUAUGGAAAUUAAAAUUUUUUGACUACUA